AUUGCCGAAACCCCCGAAGUUCUGCAACUCAAGCAAAAAUGGUGGUGGUGCUGCUGCUUCCGCCUCCUUGAAUGAAGAAGAAAGCUCGGAACUUGCUCAAAACCAUCGCCUCCUUCUUCACCAAGCACCACAUAGCCAUGGACGAUUUACCAGAGCGCUACUCUUACAACCCAACUCUCCGCUGGAACGCCGACCUCGAAAGCUACUUCUCCAAGGCAUACGGACCCCACCAUUUCUCCUGCAUCUCCCAAGCCCUAUCGCGGCCGUCUUGCUACUCCUGUAUACGCGUGAACACGCUGAAGUCGACGCCGGAUGCCGCCAUUGAGAAGCUGAGGGCGGUUCUGAAAGAAAAGGGAGCUGACAUUUCCAAGUGUGACGUGGAAGGGAUGGACUAUGUGCUGUUUGUGAGGGGUUCGGGUCCUCACGCCAUUGAUUAUGGCUGUGCUGCAGAUGGGAAGCUUCCGAAAGAGGUUCUUGUGAGCCGGAAAUGCGCCGAGGCAGUUCUUCGAGGUGCCCAGGUGUAUGUUCCUGGUGUAUUGGGUUGCACUGCUCAUGUCGAGAAAGGGGAUGUUGUGGCGGUUUCAGUGGCAGUUGAGCAGCCUGGUGCCGAUGGUGGAUGGGUCGUUGGGAUCACCCGAGGGACUGUGCUGCAAGGUUCAGAGACAGAUCCUUAUCAUAUUGAACGAAGGGGGCUGUAUAUCGGCCAAGGAAGAGCAAUGCUGUCAAGGGCCGGGAUUUUCCGUGUUAUGGAAGGGCUUGCUGUGGAUAUGAGUGACAGAGUAUUUAAUCUCCCUUCGUUACAUGACGUGCUUGAGGGGGAAAUAUUUCUUCAAAAUCUGCCAAGCAUUGUUGCUGCUCACGCACUAGAUCCUCAAAAAGGUGAGCGCAUAUUAGACAUGUGUGCUGCACCGGGAGGGAAAACAACUGCAAUUGCACUUCUUAUGAAGGAUGAAGGAGAAAUUGUUGCCGCUGAUAGAUCUCACAAUAAGGUGCAGGGUAUUCACAAAUUGGCUGCUGAAAUGGGCCUGAGUUGUAUAACCCCAUAUAAACUAGAUGCUCUAAAAUCUGUUUGUACAACAAACGAGUCCGAUGAUUUUUCUAAUCACUCUUGCAUUAAGGAAAAUCAUGUUGGAAACGUUCAAGGUUCUGACUUGAUAAAGUCAGAAUUGGAGAAGUCUAAAUUGAUUACUUUCGAAAGGUUGAAUGCUGAGAUGGAUUUCAAGAAAAGUGUUAGCAAUGAAAAGGUGAAUGAGACAACAUACACUAGCAAAGCUGCCAUCAGGAAGGAAAUGCGAAUAAAACGGAAUGGUCCAGGAAGAAAUCAGAGCGUGGGUGGUAGGGUUGAGAAGUCAAAGGGAUUUGCUCCCAAGAGCUUUGAUCGAGUUCUUCUUGAUGCACCCUGCUCUGCCCUUGGUUUAAGACCUCGACUAUUUGCUGGAGAGGAAACAAUUGAAUCCAUGAGAAAGCAUGCGACAUAUCAAAGAAGAAUGCUUGAUCAGGCUGUUCAGUUGGUUCGCCCGGGUGGAGUUCUUGUGUAUUCAACAUGUACCAUAAAUCCCGGAGAGAAUGAAGCUGUUGUUCGAUAUGCUUUGGAUACAUAUAAAUUCCUCUCCUUGGCACCGCAGCACCCAAGGAUUGGAGGACCUGGUCUUGUUGGCCGUUUUGAAUUUCCCGAUGGAUAUACUGAGGAGUGGCUGAGACCCGGGGAGGAAGAACUCGUUCAGAGGUUUGAUCCAUCGUCCUCGCUUGAUACAAUAGGGUUUUUCAUAGCCAAGUUUUCUGUUGGAUCAAACAAGGCUGACUUACAAAACUCCGCAUCUUGACAAGAUCAGAACUUCAGCGUACGCAUACCACAACAAAUAAUCUCAUCUCGAAUUCAAAGUUCACCCGCACACAAAUACCACAAGUAGUCUUAACUCGAACUCAGAAUUCACCUGAUAAGAUUUGUUUCCAGCCCGAAUACUCAAGCAGGGGUCGUGAUUAACAAGUUGUAUAUUUUCAUACACUAGAGAAGAAGACCGACGAAUCACAACUAUGCUUUAAAUGUUGUUUCUUCAUCCCACAGGCAGUAAGAAAAUAUUUGUAUGAGGUAUCCACGGAAAUAUUGAUGAAUAUUUACAUACCAAUAUCUUUGAUAGUUCAUAGAAAUGAUGAAAAAGUGCUCAAAAUCUUGGAAAUUUGGCGUGAAAGACAUGCUACUUGACCAAAUUAAA